AUGGCCGGCUUCAUCAACCGCCACAUCCUCCCGCCGUUCCGCCGGCCGCCGCUGCCAUUCUUCCGCCCGGGCGCCGGCGCGCCCAGCUCGGCGUUGCCCGCGGGCCGCCGGCCAUGGACGCCCCGGCGCAUCCUAGACCCGGGCGACGACGCCGUGCUCCGGUGGUACCGCCUCUUCCUGGUGACCUGCCUGGUGGGGCUGUUCGUGGACCCGCUCUACUUCUACCUGCUGCACACGGAUGGCCUGGCGGCGUGCGUGUCCAUGGACAUGGGCAUCGGCGUGCUGGUGACCGCAGUGCGCACCUUCGCCGACCUCUUCUACCUGGCGCACAUGAUCCUCAAGUUCCGCAUCGCCUUCGUGGCGCCCAGCUCCCGCAUCUUCGGGCGUGGCGAGCUGGUGCGGGACCCCGACCAGAUCGCCAUUCGGUACCUCAAGAACGACUUCAUCAUUGACCUCGCCGCCAUGCUCCCGAUCCCGCAGAUGAUCAUCUGGUUUGUUAUACCAGCUGUGAGUACAUCCUCCGCCAAUCACAGCACCAACAACACGCUCUCCAUGAUCGUCUUGAUCCAGUACAUACCAAGAGUGUAUCUUAUAAUAUCCUUGAACUCCAAGAUUGUCAAGGCAAGUGGAGUGGUCACAAGAACGGCAUGGGCGGGGGCCGCCUACAACCUGCUUCUUUACACACUGGCAAGCCAUGUUCUUGGUGCUCUGUGGUAUCUGCUGUCCGUUGAGCGGCAGUACUCGUGCUGGAAGGAGGUAUGCACAAACGAGAACGGCACCACAGCGGAGAUGCCUAGGUGUUUCAUGAGCUUUCUGGACUGCAAAAGCAGGGAGAAUCCCAUACGCCAGACUUGGCAUAACCACAGCGCGAUUCAGAAGCAGUGCAUGCUUCCGGACGCCGAAUAUGACUACGGACUGUUUGCUGAUGCCCUCAAUCUGGACCGCAACGGGGUCGGCUUCAUCGACAAGUACCUCUACUGCCUCUGGUGGGGGUUUCGGAACCUGAGUUCCUACGGACAGAACUUGCAGAACAGCACCUACAAGGGCGAGACCGUCUUCUGCAUUCUCAUCUGCAUCAUGGGCCUCGUCUUCUUUUCCCACCUCAUCGGCAACAUGCAGACCUACCUGCAGUCCAUGACGGUGAGGCUGGAGGAGUGGCGUGUCAAGCGCCGGGACAUCGAGGAGUGGAUGCGCCACCGCCAGCUGCCGCCGGAGCUCCAGGAGCGCGUGCGCCGCUUCUUCCAGUACAAGUGGCUCGCCACGCGCGGCGUUGACGAGGAGUCCAUCCUCCAGUCGCUGCCGCUGGACCUCCGGCGCGAGAUCCAGCGCCACCUCUGCCUGGCCCUCGUCCGCCGCGUGCCCUUCUUCUCGCAGAUGGACGAGCAGCUGCUGGACGCCAUCUGCGAGCGCCUCGUCUCCUCGCUCAGCACCAAGGACGCCUACAUCGUGCGGGAGGGCGACCCCGUCAGCGACAUGCUCUUCAUCAUCCGCGGCGAGCUGGAGAGCUCCACCACGGACGGCGGCCGGACCAACUUCUUCAGCUCCAUCACGCUGCGCCCGGGGGACUUCUGCGGCGAGGAGCUCCUCACUUGGGCGCUCAUGCCCAACCCGAGCCUCAACUUCCCGCAGUCCACGCGCACGGUGCGCUCCGUCACGGAGGUGGAGGCCUUCGCGCUCCGCGCCGAGGACCUCAAGUACGUGGCCAACCAGUUCAAGCGCCUGCACAGCAAGCGGCUGCAGCACGCGUUCCGGUACUACUCGCACCAGUGGCGCAGCUGGGGCGCCUGCUUCGUGCAGGGCGCCUGGCGCCGCUACAAGAAGCGCAAGCUCGCCAAGGAGCUCAUGAAGCAGGAGGGCAUCUACUAUCAGGAGGCCGAAGAAGGCGCCGGUGGCGGCGCGGACGGCGACGGGCCGGGCCUCGGCCUCGGAGACACCGUUGGAGACGGCACGCCGCUGCUCGGCGAGUACAACAAGGCGGUCGGGGGCGGCGGGGAGCUCGGCACCGGCGCCUCCGGCACGGCGCCGGGGCCGGCCGCGGAUGCUGCUGGCGCCGUCGCGCACCUCGGGGCCACGUUCCUGGCGUCCAAGUUCGCCAAGAACACCAAGCGUGGCGCGGCGCAGCACCAGAAGAGGAUCGACGACGUGUCCACCAUCAAGUUCCCCAAGCUCGCCAAGCCCGACGAGCCGGACUUCUCCUUGCAUACUGACGACGCGCUGUGA